AUGAAUCCUAAUCCAAUACAGUUUAAUCCACCAAGAUCAACUAUUACAAGUCAAGUUCCAUAACCAGGACCUAAUAUUGCAAAUAAUUCAGGAUUUAAUACAAUUCAGAACAAAAAUAUGUUCCCAAUUGCAAACUUAAUUCCAGCACCAUCCAAUAUGCCUAUACAAGGAAUAAAUCAAAUGCAAAUGCCAAACUAAGCGCAAAACAAUAUGCCUAUACAAGGAAUAAAUCUAAUUCAAAUGCCAAACUAAGCACAAAACCCUAUUUUUAAGACUCAAGAUUUGAAUUAAAAAGAAAAGGAUAGGGAAAAGGAGGAAAUUAUAAAACAGUUAAACAUUGUUGUGUAGGAGGCCAAGGAGAGACAAGAUCAGAUUAAAUAGCAUUAUUAGAAGCAUUAUGAUUGAUUGGGAUUAUUGUAUUUCUAUUAAAAAUAUAAUUUAAUUUACUAAAUA